CUGCUGUUAACUCCGGCGUGUUGACCUUGGACGUUAGGUGCAUGGCGCAGUGACAGUGACGAGGGGGGAUCUCUGCUAAUUGUGGAUUAUUAAAACGCGUGGAUGCUUUUUGUCGGGAGAUGCUGCAGGUAUCUUGAAGUGAGAUGAUCCCUCGGAUGAAGCUGUGGAUGAGCAUCACUGCCCCAUUGAUGACCACGAGCACAACGGGUCGCAGGACGAGCUGCUACUGCUGCUACUGCUGCUACAUUCAUAAACACUUGUUUAGGACUCACAACAACCCCUGAGCUUUGUUUGUUUGGGCUCGUUUACAAACAAACAACAAACACACACGGAGGAGAGGAACACAAGCCCUUGCAAGUUCCCGUCGUGCACGUGGACGGAUCAUGGCGGAGGAAGGUAAAGUGAGUGUGGAUGAUCUCGGUGGAGUUGUCAGGCUCCGGGAGGAACAAGAGAAGGUGGUGAAAGACUGUGAAAGUCGGAUUCAACACUGGAAGAAGAUCUCCGGAGACUACGAGGCUGUGAACGAGCGUCUUCAAACUCUACCAGAUCAACUGUCGUACGACAUCAUGGUGCCGUUCGGCCCUCUGGCCUUCAUGCCCGGGAAGCUGGUGCACACCAACGAGCUCACGGUUUUGCUCGGCGACAACUGGUUCGCCAAGUGCUCGGCAAAGCAGGCACAGAAAAUCGUCGACCACAGAACGAAACACGUGAAGAGUGAACUCGACGUUCUAUCAAAGACAAUGAAAAACUUUGAAGCCAGAGUCGGCUUUGUGAAGGAUUUGGAAACCAUCUCAGCCAGAAAACAGGAAUAUGCUGAAAUCAGAGAAGAGGUCAGACACGAUAUUGCAGUCACCAAAGGAAGGCAAAGAGUAGCUCACAGGCCAAAUUCUAAGCCCAAGCUGGAAACCAUAUUGGAUUUAAAAGAGGAGGAUGAAGAGGAGAACAAGGAGGAGAGCAGUGAUGAAGGGAGCAGAAAGGGCAUCGUGACUGAGGAGGAGCUGUGGGCCAGACUGGAUGAACUAGAGAAGCUGGAGGAGCUGGAGGAUGAGCAGGACAGAUUAUCUGAUAAUGCAGAUAUGAAUAGCGAGGACACAUCUUCCUCUUCCUCAGAGGAGGACAAGGAGAAGGAAGGAGAUCUUGCUUCUCCUGUAAACGGAUUGAGUCCGAAGCCAAACUGGACCUCCGUCCCUCAAAGUACAGCGCCGCCCAAAGUGGAGCGGAAACAGGAAGAGGACGAUGAGGAAGAGGAAGGCCACUGUUUGCCCACCAUCUAUUUCACUCACACAGUCGAACCCAAGAAGGUGAGGAUAAACACAGGAAAAAACACCAUGCUGAAGUUCAGUGAGAGGAAAGAGCAGAAGGAGCAAUUAAAGAGGAAAAAGAAAAACGGACACAACAAUGGACUCUCCCAUCACGAGCUUCACAAAAUCACCACACCAGCAGACAUUUACAGGUUGUUUGUGGACGUGAAGAACGGGGAGCCCGUCCCCAGGAAGUCCAUCCUGAAGUCCCGGAGCCGGGAGAACAGCGUGUGCAGCGACACGAGCGAGAGCAGCGCGGCCGACUAUGAGGAGCGCCGGCUGGUCGGACGCAGCUUCAGCCACGACGAGGCCACCACCAGCGACACCAGCGACGGUGUCACAGAGGAGGACAGUCCGACGGGGGGGCCGCUGCACCCCCCCAGCAGAUUUGAGGCCUUUUCAGGUAUGGUGGUAGAGAAGGACCCGAUGACUUCAGCCGCGCCCCACAUGACCAUCGCUCCACCAGCACUGCCGACGAUACUGGAGAGGAGACAGGAGGAGGUGGCGCCCGAGGUCGCCCCCCCGCCCCAGCAGGCCCUGAAGAAGGUGUCCAAGUUCAAAGCGGCCCGGCUGCAGCGGACGUGACGAGCAAAUAUCCACACGUCAUAAUAACCUUUUAUUUUUUUUAUUAUUAUUUUUCCUUUUCUACUUUCCACUUGUCUUUGGUCCAGUUUCACCUCUAAUCAUACAGACAGCUUCUCCCCUUAUAUGUGACUCCUCUCGGGGGGGAAAUACUAAAUCCUUUUUAAACAAAUCUUGCUUGAUGUGUAACUGCUUCUCAACCUGCUCCCUGCGUUGGGUGAUUCUGUUGUUUGAACCAAUCACCGUCUGUCACUCCUCUGUUGAAUGACGCCAGUUUAGGUUUAACGCUCGACCCCCACUAGAUGAGCUGCCUUGUUUUGUUUCUUUUCAUUUUUCAAGUAAUGCUCUUUAAGUUGGCUCUAGCUGUCACUACCUUCACUUAACCUGCAUAAUGAAUGUAUCUUUUCCUUUGUGAUCAGCUUUAUGUAAAGACAAAAAAAAAGAAAGAGGAUUAUUGAUAGAAAUUCAAAGGAAAAUAAAUGAUUUUGGCAAA